CCAAGGCAUUGCUAGAUGGAGGAGGAGGAAAAGAGAGCCCAAAUGAGAAGGGGCUGCAAACCCAACCCAGGAAGCUGCAGGGUGGAAAGACUCCCCCUGUGCUGUGAAGGUGGCCAGCAGUCCAGACGGAGCUCAGAGUUGGUGGAGAAACCUCAUGGCGAGAAGAAGCCCCACAAGUGCUUGGAAUGUGGGAAGGGUUUCAGCUACAGCUCCAACCUGAUUCAGCACCAGGUGAUCCACACUGGGGAAAAGCCCUACAAGUGUGGGGAAUGUGGGAAGAGCUUCAGCCACAGCUCCAACCUGAUCCGGCACCAGAUUAUCCACACUGGGGAAAAGCCCUAUGAAUGUGGGGAAUGUGGGAAGAGCUUCAGCCAGCGCUCCCACCUGAUGCAACACCAGAGGAUCCACACUGGGGAAAAGCCCUGUGAUUGUGUGCAAUGUGGGAAGAGCUUCAGGAACAUCUCUGGUCUGAUUGAACACUGGGUGAUUCACACAGGGCAACAGCCCUGUACCUGCUUGGAAUGUGGAAAGAGCUUUGGGCGGUUGUCCAACCUGAGAAAACACCAGCUCAUCCACACUGGGGAGAGGCCCUAUGAGUGUCCUGAGUGUGGAAAGAGGUUUCAGACCAGCUCCCAUGUCCUCCUACACGAGCGGAUUCACACAGACGAGAGGCCCUUCCGCUGCCCCGACUGCGGGAAGGGCUUCAACCGCAACUCCCACCUAAUCACCCACCGGCGCAUCCACACUGGGGAGAGGCCCUACGAGUGUCCCCAGUGUGGCAAGAGCUUCUCACAGAGCUCAACCUUGACCCAACACCAACGGAGGCACCAGUAAGGGAAUCCCUGUGAGUGCCCCAAGUACGGGA